AUGAGAAUCCCCGAAAAUGUAAUGGAGAAAAAGCCUGCGUCGGAUGUCGAGACGGCAGCACAGCAGGAAUCCGGCGACAACGCCAUGCCCGGCUCCAAUAUCCUGGAUCCGCUGCUGUUCCUGUUAGCUGGCCGACGCGGGGUGCGCUCCGACUCUCAUUUCGCCGCGACAAAUAUCCCAGACGAUCAAGCGAUCAUUUUUGUCGGCCCAUCCGGCGUCGAGGCGAUUAACCACACGCCACUAUGGAAGCGGCUUCUCUGUGGAGUCGGGUGCAUGGAUAGCAGAUGGGGGAUAGUCUGCAUUGUUUUUACCUUGACAAACUCCCUCCUCGCACACUUCGACUCGCCGCCAGAAUCCACAAAUGAGACAGAAUGGAAGGAGAUCCGUUUCUUCUCGCGCCACGUGAAAAUCGCCACCGUGGUCGCCCUCUGUCUAGCCUCUUUCUUCAUCUGGGCGAGGAGAUAUGCCAAACGCCAGGCCGCCGCUGCCACACCUCCCCAGUUCGAUCCAGCCUCCUACCAGUCUCGCUUGGCUCAUGCCAUGACCCAGCGGGGCAUCCAUUACCGGGAGAUUGCACCCGUGACGCUCAUCGAUAUGGAGCGACACCGCAAGAGUGAGAAACGUCUUGUUGAGAGAUUCCAGAUCGAGGGACUGGUCGAUCCCAUGGAGAGUUCGUGGGUUUAUGAUAUUGUGGUGCGCUUUUACAGUAAGGGGAAUGUGUUUUUGCAGUUUGCUUCAGCGGAUAACACGCCAGGGAAGAAGCCUGGGUUGAUUUUGACCCCGAAUGUGGAAAGUUUGUAG